AUGAACCAGCAGCCGAGAAACUGCAACAAGGAAUCCGACUUCAACCCGCACCCGCCCAUCCACUCCGACAAGCAGCUCAAAGGCGCAGACUACUUUUGCAACAACUACGCUGGCUUCAUGGAGUCGGGCAUGAAGUCCCUUCGCGUAGAGUGGCAUGAUGAGUUUCAGGGUCGUCACCAGUACAAGGUUUCUUGGGCUGAGGGGUGUGUCGCCGACGGAGACAGGCAGCAUGUUAAAUACCCUAAUGGUCUCUCGAACACCAACCCGAGCUGCAACGAUUUGAUGAGGGAUAAUUACCUGCAAUGUAACAACGGUGGCGUCGGAGAGGAAGAAGAUUAA